UAUUAUCUAGUUUCUCUUUUCUUAUGUAUCCUUGAUCUUCCCCUGCCCUCAGUGUGACCUUACGUUUUUAUUUUUUCCGGUAUACCUUUGGAAUGGGAAUCUGCGAUAUGGACGAUCAGCGGUUAAUAACAAAAUCCAUGAUGGCGGACGCGAAGAAAGCUCCGAAGCCAGAAGAGUCUGCAAUAGAUCCCAAUUCGCUAAGAAAAUAUUCCCGUGGAGAUCGUAACAAUUUUAAAAGAGUAAAAGACAAGAAACUCAGAGGAAACCUGAGAAGCUAUGAAUCGCAUCACAAGAAAGCAGCCAUGCAGGCUGCUAGGGCAGAACUGUUGCUUACAGAAGACCCAGGCUUUCUUGAGGCUGAAGGGAUGGAGAAGACAUUUUCUUUCAAACAAAAAGAAAUAGCUGAUGCUGUUGAUGUGGCAAGCUCACAGAAGUUCUUUGAAUUGAAGCUGGACAAAUUUGGGCCAUAUAGAAUAGAUUACACAAGAAAUGGAAGGCACAUGCUAAUAGGGGGUCAAAAAGGACACAUUGCCACUUUUGACUGGCAGAAUAAGAAGCUAGGAUGCGAAGUACAUGUGCAGGAGACAAUCAGAGAUGUAAGCUGGCUACACAUUGAGACCAUGUUCGCUGUGGCACAGAAGAAGUAUGUCUAUAUUUAUGACAACAAGGGCAUUGAGUUGCACUGUCUCAAAAGACAUCCAUAUGUGAAUCGAAUGGAGUUUCUUCCCUACCACUUUCUGCUCUCCACAGUGGGCAACCAUGGAGUACUUAGAUAUCAGGACACAUCAACAGGAAAGAUGGUGGCUGAACAUCGGACAAGACUUGGCCGUUGUGAUACCAUGGCUCAGAACCCAUGGAAUGCCAUUAUCAACCUAGGGCAUCACAAUGGCACAGUUACAAUGUGGAGUCCCAGUUCACCAGAUCCGCUUGUUAAGAUGUUGUGUCACCGCGGACCUGUGCAGGCAAUUGCCAUUGACAAGCAGGGAUUAUAUAUGGCUACUACAGGUCUGGAUGGGCAGAUGAAGAUGUGGGAUGUGCGGACAUACAAACAGCUCAACUCCUACCUCACCUUUACUCCGGCCAGCAGCCUCACUAUCAGCCAGAGACGGCUUCUGGGCGUGGCCUACGGACCCCACGUUGAGGUUUGGAAAGACCCCUUUCAAGAGAAGCAGAAGAGGCCAUACAUGAAACACCUAAUUCCAUCAUGCUCUAUACACAGCCUUCAGUUCUGCCCCUAUGAGGAUGUGCUGGGCGUAGGUCACUCACAAGGAAUAUGUAGCCUACUAAUACCUGGUGCGGGUGAGCCAAACUACGACGCCCUGGAGGCCAACCCAUACCAGAACAAGAAGCACCGCCAGGAGGCCGAGGUCAAAGCACUUCUUGAGAAGAUUCAGCCGGAAAUGAUAACUCUAGACCCAAUGGAGAUCAGUAAAGUGGACAGAAAGAUGAAUGUACCUGGCGCCAAGAACAAGAAGAAACAUGACGAUGACGAUGAUGAUGAUGAGGGUGGCGGAGAUGACAAGUUUGAGCCGAAGCACAAGAAGAAAGGUCGUAGUUCUUCUAAAAAAAGACAUUCCAGGAAAAAAGGGCACGAGGAACAGCAGAAAAAGGAAACGAUUCGUAAAAAAAUAAACGAGAAAAGGAAGAAGAAGCGCCAGGAUAAAGCGGAUGCGAGCCGUAUUGGACUAACUACACUUGACAGAUUCACCGCUAAAUCCAAAUCAUGACCUGUCUCUCGAAUUAUCGCGAGGGCACACACUCAAUGAUGCCACGUAGGGUGGGAUCCUUAGCACUAGGCGACCUUCACUUAGAAAUCACGUGACUUUUGAGCUUUUACGAAUGAGCCAGAAAGAUUCUUUAACAGAAAAGGCUUAUUUGCAUUGAAAUAUUUUUUUGUCGCUCAUUGGUGUGAUGCCCUCAUCAAUUCUGUGUUUUACUUUUGCGUGAGAUUGCUACUCAAAAAGUCACGUGAGUUCUUAGUGCAAGUAGGAAAAGCAUUGCAACAUCUUAAAUACGCAAUUCUCCUUACGCAAACAUCAGACCAUCCCUAUUCAUAGGCUAGGAGAAUUUAACAUGAGAUAAAUUUAUUAUUUUGCAAAGAUGGUGGAAUUAUUAUUACAUUUAAAAAAAUCAUUUUAUACUACUUGUUUGGUCAUUUCAAUUGUUUCAUGGUCGCACUUUCGACCACUUCAAACAUUUUCGUCCAUCUUGUAAAUAAACUUGGCAACUCCAACCACGUGAAGCGUGCCUAAGAAGAAACCCUAUACCCUUCACUAAGGUCUAAUCUAUAGAGUUUGACUGAUAAUUUAAAAAUCGGGACCGAUAAAUGUCCAUUAUGUAAAGGGUGUCCGUUA